GGUUUUCUUUUAUCAAACUUGACUCUCAGAAUAGACACAGUAUGUCUCCAACCAGCGCCCAACUAGAAAAAGGAUUUGACCGUGAAAGAAGUGGAAUGGUUUAGCAGUUUGGACUGCGCUUGUUCCUCUGAGGAAGGAGAUAACAAGAGUUCCCGUAUAGCGUUCACGCUUACAGAGGGUCACGCGCUGCCUGGAGUCAACGCGCACGAGUCCAGCGCCAUGAAACUGAAUCCCCAACAAGCUCCACUCUAUGGAGAGUGUCUCUUGACUGUACAGCUCGAUGAUGAUGAUGUGUGUCGUGCUGAGGGAGAACAAGAGGAGGUGGAGUUUUUUCUUUUAUUAUCAGGAUCCACCCAAAGACAUCUGACUAGCACACUGCGAGUCAGCCACGUCACACUGCAGGCUGUGUGUCCAGGCCAUAAUGUGUGUGAGCAGGUCUCGGUGACGCUGUGUUUGGCUCGUCCUGGUGAACCAGUGGACACAUACUCACAGGUGGCAUUCUGCUUCGUACAGGACUUGGCUCUCGACAUGGCCCAUUUACUGCUUGACAACACAGCUCCGCAGGAAGCAUUACUAUUGACUGAUAAGCAGAUUCCAUUGAAAGAGUGUGAGAGGUUGGAUCACAGCCUUGCCUUGGCCCUGAAACACCUCACCCUGCCCCGCCAGACGACAGUUGUGGACAGGCAGAUGGGUAACCAGCCAGUGUCUGUCACAGCGACAGACAUAAAUGCACACACGAACAGACACAACACAAGGACACACAAGGAAACAUGGCUGGACGGCGCCACGCUGCUGGACAGCUGCUCUGCUGUUUCCCAGUGCCGGCAGCUCUCCAACCUGCUGCACUUGGCAGCCACUUAUGGUCUGGGGACCGUGGCAUCGUUCCUCCUGCAGCAGCCGGGAGGCAGGGAGGCGCUAAGGAGGCCCAACACUCAGGGACUAACUCCAGCAUGUCUGGCAGAGAGCAGAGGACAUCAGCAGCUGAAGGAGUUCUUCUCACAGUAUGAGACGUCCUCAGAUGUCCAAGUGGAAACAAAAGAGCAGCCACACUUUUAUACAGAAGGCCGAGUGUUUCAGCACCAUGCAAAACUUGGUACCUACACCCUAACAUUCCCUGACCUUCAUCAGAGGGAGGGGGGAGCAGAGACAAAAAGCGGGGAAGAUUUCUGCUUACAGGAGGAGGUGAAGGAGCUGAGGAGACUUAUUCAUCUUCAUAGAGACAGAAAGAGAAAAUCUGAUCUUGCUGGUAACAUCACACCUCCACAUACCUCCACAUCCUCCUCCAUCGAUCAUGAGCAAGCCAGCCCUGCCUGUGGGCUGCAGCCCUGCUCUAACGGCCAACAAGAGAGCAAGCAGGAUGUAGGCCUGGCUGUGGUAACCAUAGAGAACUGUAUCACAACAACAAAGGAUCACAGAGGUCCUCCAUUAUUGGAGGACAAAACACGAGGGGCUGACUCUACUGUCGUCACUCAAACAUCCUGUGCCAGUGGAAGUCUUUGUCAGAGCCAGGAAGCUGGGGGGGAACAGAAGGGUGCACCAGCUGCCAACUCUCCUGCUCGUCGUAACAGGAAAAACAAAAAGAGAACCACAAGAAAUGCAACAGAAUCUCUAGAAAAUAAAAGAUGCACCCAAGAGGGCGGAAGGGGGAUUGCACGGAGGCCCACAAAGACACCAAGAAGUAGAACAGAGAUACAUGAAACUAUUUCAGUCAGACAACCAGCGGGGGCUUCUGUGAUUGGUGACAGAGAAGCCACAAAAACUCAGUGUAGUCCCGGAACAGAAGAGACUCCGUUACCCAUAAAGCCAGUGACUGCACCAGGUGGUGAUAGGAAGUGUGCUGGCAGGAAGACAGUUGCCUUGCCUACCACAACCAUCAUAGAAAAACAGGAAGGAGAGAAGUGGGAAGUUGACCUGCUGAUAUGUGAGCGAGUUGUAGAGACAGAGACGGAACAGGGAGACCCGGCAAAAGCAGCUAAAUUUAACUUGGGAUCAGCUGCCGAAAAGAAAGUAACCAUGGGUCAGGAACAAUCCCAGGAUCCCCAGGAAAGCCAGUCAGACCCAGAGGAGCCAAGCCAACCUGACACAAUGAACAAGAGUCCUCAGUCUGGCAGGAGGAUCAGCCACAAGUCCCCAGACAUGGAAAGAAAUCCCCGUAGAGGACUAUGGAGGGAUGGAGGCUGGAUUGGAGGCAGAAUGGGAUCAACCCCACAUGAACCACAAACGGGAGCAAAAACAGUCUGGUAUGAAGGUGAAAACCUAGAGCAGGGUGUCCAUGAAGACUGGAACAGAAAGGAUGUGAACUCCCAGUCAGUUUGGUAUGACAGUGACACAGUGGAUCAGAGAAAACAUGAACAGCUGGAGCAGGGACUGAGAGAGCAGAAAGAAUGUGAUUUGAGCUCACUCCACGCUUCUGGUCUUAGUUCUCCACAGCUGUUAGAACAGGGUCUUAGUUCUCAUCAACUGUCUGCAGCUCUUAGUCAGCCUCUUGUUGCUGGACCACAGCCAGCACUGUCACAUGGGCCGAGUGCACAAAAACGGGAAGUACAUGGAUCACAGCAAGGGGAGGAAGUAGGGCUGGAUCAGAAGGAGGGAGGAGUGGAAGGAGACAGAGAGGAGGUUGGUAACAGAGAGACCACUUACAGCAGAAAGAGUUCUGAAACAGCAGACAUCGAAGAGGGAGGAGAAGAGAAGAAAGGAAGCGAAGAGAAAGGAACAAAGAGCAGAAAAAAGAGGAAGAAGAAGAAAGGGAAGAGAGGAGACCCAGAGGCCAAACUUAGCUCCAGCUCCAGUAUAGAGUCUCAGAGUCAGAUAGACGUACAGACACAGAGGGAACAAGUGACAAACCUGGACAUUCCGUCAAAGCCAGAAGCCAAGGAUAAAACAGGAAGGGCAGACGUCCAGUUUCCCUGUGGUUCUGAGCCAAGCUGGAGAGUAGAAGCUGACAAGGACGCCAUGCAUCUACCCAGCCAGACAGAGGGCCAGACCAGGGAAGCUCAUGGAUCUGACUGUGACAUUACAAACUCUGAUCCUUGUUACACGACUUCAGAGUUCAGUCUGACAGAUCUGACUGAAGGUACAGCUUCACAGAUAUUUAAAACAAAGAAAUUAUCAGAGGACGAGACCAGGACGUUUCAUGAACCUGAUGACUUUUACCUCCAUUCUACUGUCACUGCUUCAGAACUUAGUGAAGUGGACAUCAUAAAGGCAAAGGUAGAGGAAACUGCAACCGUUCAACCAAUAGGAAAGGACGUGCUUGACCCUACAGAGCUGGAAUUAAAGGGGCUUACCAGUCCAGGCCAACAAACAGCGGAUAAUGCGGAGUCAAAGGCAUUGUCAGAAAAUGAGGAUUUGCCAGUUGCUGGUAAAGCUGCAGCAUCCGUGGACCGGACAGGUUUUCUGGAAUCUAACUCUCCAGAGGAACUUCCUGUAAAACAUUCAGAUCCUACAGAAUUCGCAGAAGAGCCAUUUCUUGGGGUACUGCCUGAACAUAAUACACAACAUGUUCAACCUUUGGACUCGAAGAAACCAGUACAACCUGUGGAUCCCAUUGGUAGACCCGUAAGAUUUAUGGAAGCUGGGGAUCUGCCUAUUGAAGGUACAGCGGAUGUUUCACCACUUGAAAUACAGGAAGGAAGGGCCGAGACAACUCCUAGGGAAUAUUUAGAGCAUUGUUUGGCCUCUGAGAUGCUGAAAGAUCAGGAGCAAAAGAGAAAUGAGCUGUGGGUGGGUGAAGAGGAAGUCAGUGUAGAAAGACAUUGGGAGAGGAGGAGUGAAGACAGAAAUGACAGUGGGGCGGUACAUGGCAAGGAGUUAACUUCCAUAGACAGAGGGGAAAAGGUGGAGGAUGAGGACUGUCAUUCCUUACAGAGAGAAAAAGAGCAGAACUACAAUGAAGAUCUAGUUGCCACAGCGGUAGCAAUUGUUACUGUAGCAAUGGCAUCAGCCAUAGUUAGCAUAGAAUUGAGCCAACAGUUAGCAGACAAUCAGUUAAGGAGGCAAGAGUCUGCUAGCAAAGAACCAGCAAAUAAUCCACCAUUAGCACAAGACACCAAUGAACCAAUAGAUACAUCACACCAGCUGGCAGACGAUUUACUUAACACUGCUCAAGCCACACAACUGUGUGCACAGCUGAUAAACAAAGACAAAGAGAACUGUCAACUGUUAGCAAUGACUCCAACUGACACCGAAAGCCAACAUAGAGAAUGGUCACAUAUUGAACCUACUGAUCAGUUCACAUCUAAAGAACAGGUUAACGUUGAAAUAUUGAAGCAGUCUGAUUCUGUAGUGUCACAGUGUAACACUGAGACAGAAAAGCUACUAGCAGCACCUCUAAGUAGCAACCAGCAGGCUAACCUUGACCUGUCAGCACACACUCCUAGUUUACCACAACUCUGCAAAGAGGAUAUUCAAAGCAAACUCUUCACAUAUUCACUACCUAAAGAAGAAGACAGCCUACUGCAAGUUAAUAUGAAACCUUUCCCCGAAGUAAAUAAAAUGAUUACAGCUGAGGUAGAUGGCCAAGGUCACAUGCAGACAGAAAUCCAGCUGCAAGAAGAAAUCCAAGUUCCCUGUCCCAUUAUAGACACAGGACAACUUCCCGAGGCUUCUGACACAUUCUGUCCUGAUUCUGACGAGAAUCCCAGACUGGGAGAACGUAGAGACCCCCCAAGAUCAGUCUGUCAGAAUGAGAGCGAUAGACAGCACUUAGAUUCACAUUGUCCACACAGUACAAAACAUGAUAGAGAUGCUAAAGGAGAGGAAGGAAUGCAGGUGCAUGAGCAUGACAGCGUUCACCAGCUGGAUGGUCAAAUUACAUCACCAUGUGAAGGGGAGAUUCCCACUUUGCCACUUUCUUGUGGUUCACUUCCUGUUACCCCCUGUGACUCGGCUCCCCUGGAGGAACCGGCUGUGAAUGUGGAUACAGGCGAAUACCAGUCAUCCUGGUCAUUAGCGGAAAUUAAGCCUGUCCCUGCCAUCCCUUUUGAUACUGGCAGUGGCAAAUGUCAGGAGUCUGUCGCUAUGGAUAAUGAGGAUGUUGUGUUUGAAGGGCUGGAUAAAGACUCUGUGGAUACAGUGGAUGGAAGGACGGAGAGAGAUAUUAAUAAGAUGAAAAGUGAAAAGGAAGUACAGAAAGCGAUGGUCACAGUGGAGGGAACAUCCCAGACAGAAGCAGAAACGGUCCCAGCAGCAAAAGAAGACUGUCAACAGGCCUGGACAGACUCAGACAGUGCACACAUUCUACAGAUCCAAAGGGAGAGGGAUGUUCUCUACCCUGUCCAGCCCUGCCCUGAGGCCAACACUGUAAUAGUAUGUACAGACAUCCAUCCAGACAGAGAGGAUUGUGUGUCAGUGUGUCUGUUGCACAGAGACAAAGGCAGUCUGAAAGCCAGUGCUGAACUGGAUGACAGUCACUUUAAAAAGCCCAAAGAUCCUCCCCCCUGUGUUGGACACAGGGACAGAGGGGUCCAUGUCUCCUGUUCCUCUACAGAUGAUGCAUUGAUACAGGGAACCCUCUGUCCUAGUGAGGGAGCUUUGUCAGCGGGCACAUCUGAUGCUGUGGUCUCUCAGAGCUCCAGAUUGUCCUGGAAGUUAAAAACAGAGGACAGAGGAGGAGGGGGAGGAGAAGAAGAGAAAAAAGACCAGCUUCUACAAAGUCCUGUCUCCUCUCCCAUGUUGCCAGCCUCCAUGAGUUCCUUGUCUCCGUUCCGUCGUCACAGCUGGGAACCAGGCAGGAACAACGCCGCUGCAGAUAAUGACAUCGCACAGCGCAGCUCAUUGAUGAGCCUGUCAGGAGAGGCGAAGAGAGCCAAGCCCCUCCUCCACAGGAGAAGUAUAAGUUGGUGUCCAUCCAACCUGCGUCGUCCUGAUCAGGAGCAAAUAGACAAUAGAAGCUACAGUCUGGAGGGUCUGGAGGUGGAGAGGGUAGCAGUCAGGGUCCAGUGUCCCAGCCUCAGAGGUCAGGAGGAGAGGACCGCAGGGAGGAGUUCACUCCUGGAGAGCCAGGAGAGAGGCUCGCUGGUAUCCCUCACUGAGGAGGAACAGGAAGGAGACGGAAGUAGUGUCAAUAGCCAGGUCCUGUCAGUGACAGCCAGCUGUCCUGCUAUGUUCCAUCACCAAACCCUCACCAAAUCCAUCUCCAUGGUUACUAUCAGUCAGCGUGAUAUAGAUGGGGGGAACUUAUUCUCCAGUAACUCCGGGUCACUGGAAUACAGUAUUUCAGAGGAGGAGCCGGGCCCUCUGCGGAGCGACACUGAGGUAAAAGGAGGACCUAAAUUCAGUCGGACAUUCAGCUACCUCCGCAGCAAGAUGAGCAAGAAAGGCAAGGAGAAGGAGAGGAGAGGAGAGAGGGAACGGGAGAGUAAAGAGAGAGAAAAGAAGAGUGCAAACGGCCAUCUCUUCUUCCCAGUCAAUCCGUCCCCUUCCACAGCCUGUCAGCACUGCACCAAACUUCUGUACAAUAAGGAAAGCUUCAUCUGCAACAACUGUGGAGUCCAUGUCCAUAAAUGCUGCAGAGAGAGUCUGUCUAUCUGUACAAAGAGCAAAAUAAAGCAAUCGCUGGUGCCAGAAGCGGCUCCUGGGUCAGCUGCUAACAUGAGGAGUAAAUCUACAUCUUCAGCAUCAUCUGUGUCAUCCACAUCCUCCUCAUCGUCACGGGAACGCUGGUCCACAAUAACCACCCCUGAUGACCAGCUUCCUGUGGUGGUUCCACGAAGACAUCCCAGCAUCUUCAGCUCACACAGCAACCUGGCCAAGAGCAUCUCCAUCAGCAACAUAGCAGGGUUAGAUGAUGUUCCUCUGAAAAGCCGGAAGUUUCUGUCCCAGUCCACUGAUUCUCUUCAUCAGGGGAGCAAAGUCAAUGCCUCGAUGGAGUCACUAACCGAUGAAGGUACUGAGAUGAUGGACAGUCAGCUGAUGGGAGAGUUUGAGUGCGACAUGAAAGAUCUGGAAGCUGAUUCUUGGAGUGGCACGGUGGAUAAAAAGUUCUUAAAAAUGCUGAAGAAAGAUGAUAUCAAGAAACAAGACGUCAUCUAUGAGUUGUACCAGACAGAGUUCCACCAUGUGAGGACACUGAAGAUCAUGUCUGAAGUGUACUAUAAAGGCCUGCAGAAGGAGCUGCAGCUCGACACUCACACUCUGGAGAAGAUUUUCCCUGUUUUGGACAACCUGCUGGAUAUUCACACACAUUUCCUCACCCUGCUCCUGGAGAGGAAGAGAGCUUCAUCAGCUGAGAGACAAAACAACAACAGCUUCCUCAUUUGCAGCAUCGGGGAUGUCCUGGUCAACCAGUUUUCAGGCUGCAGUGCCGAUCUUAUGAAGAAGGUUUACGGGAAGUUCUGCAGCCGCCACAAUGAAGCUGUCAGUCUCUACAAAGACAUGCAUGCCAAAGAUAAACGCUUCCAGGCUUUCAUCAAGAGGAUAAUGAGCAGCAGCAUUGUGCGGAGGCUCAGUAUUCCAGAGUGCAUUUUGUUGGUCACUCAGAGGAUCACCAAAUAUCCCGUUCUGAUCCAGAGGAUACUCCAGUACACUAAAAACUCUGAUGAAGACCACAACUGUGUCUGUGAAGCACUGCGCUGUGUGAAGGAGCUGAUCACAGCUGUGGACAGUAAAGUCAACGAGCAGGAGAAGAAACAGAGACUGAGGGAGGUCUACAGUCGCACCGACAGCAAGUCUAUCAUGAGGAUGAAGAGCGGUCAGAUGUUUGCUAAAGAGGACCUGAUCAGAGGGAGGAAGCUGCUGCAUGAUGGAGCACUGCAGCUGAAAAACUCUGCUGGACGACUCAAAGAUGUCCACGCCAUGCUCCUGACUGACGUGUUGGUCUUUCUUCAGGAAAAAGACCAGAAAUAUGUCUUUGCCUCAUUGGAUCAGCGCUCUACAGUCGUCUCUUUACAGGGUCUGAUUGUCAGAGAAGUGGCUAAUGAGGAGCGAGGUCUCUUUCUGAUCACAGCUGGUAUAGAAAGACCAGAGAUGGUGGAGGUGUUGGCCAGCAGCAAGGACGAGCGCAACACAUGGAUGGCCAUUAUACAGGACGCUAUGCACUGCAUGGAGAAAGACGUGGAUGAGGGAGUUCCCAGUGAGACAGAAGAGGACAGGCGGCUGCAGGAGAACAGAGCAAAGGAGAUACGAGAGAUUCUACGAAGGAAAGAUGAGCAGAUCAUCUCAUUAUUGGAGGAGAAGGUCCACAUCUUCAGAGAGCUGGGCGACUGUAAUAUCGCCCCUGAUGAUAUAAACCCACCAGUCAAGGAACGGAUGUUAUUCAGGGCAACGCCUGAUGAUGUCACAAAGGGGGAGCCAAUCAUAAAGGAUGCCCUGAAGGAAUUGGAGACCCUGCAGGCUUUAGUCAAUAGUGGUGUUGGUGGAGCAGAAUGCAGUCUUGCAGUUGGCCUGACAGGAGGCAGUGUGGGACCGGUCUCUUUGCCCAGGAGAGCUGAGACGUUCGGAGGCUUCGACAGUCAUCAGAUGAACAGUAGCAAGAAUGGAGAGAAGGAAGAGGGGGAUGACUCACUGGACCUCCGCAGGACUGAGUCAGACAGCAUAUUGAAGAAGGGAGCCACUGCCAGCCUACAGAUAUUCCUGAAGAGAUACAAUGAGCAGGUCAAGCACAGUGUGACAUAUCUUCACGACCUGCUGAUUUCACUGCAGGCUGUAGUGGUCCAGCAGGACUCAUUUAUCGAGGACCAGCGGCAGGCCCUGACCGACCAGCUCACCGCUAACUCCUCCAGACACUCAUUCUCUUCCUCGCUCUCAUCCUCUUCCUCAUCACGACCCUCCUCCCUCAUUGAGCAGGAGAAACACAGGAGUGUGGAGAGACAGAGACAAGAGGCAGCCAGCCUGCAGAAACAGCAGGCUGCACACCAGGAAGAAAAGAGAAGGAGAGAAAAGGUAUGGGAGUUGAAGGAGAAAGGUCUGGCAGAGCGGGAGGAGAGGCUGAGGGUGGAGGAGGACGAGACCAGGAGGAAGCAUCGGGAGCUGACGGAGGACCGAGAGAUGCUGCAGAGGAAGAAAGAGGAGUACCAGAGAGAGCUGGAGAUGCUGAGGGAGGCCCGUAGGAGGCUAGAAAGAGACACGGAGGCUCUGAGGAGAGAUACAGACAGCCUGGAAGCCAUGAAGAGAGACCAGUCGGAGCAGCUUCAGAAGUACCAGCGGACUCCCUCCACCACCUCUGAAGACUCCAUAAUUUUCCACAGCUCCGGGUCUCUGAAUCUGGAUUCAAAAGAAGCAGCAGAACAGCCAAAAGAGGUGGAGCUCUCAUCCUCUGCUCCAACCAAAGAGCUUUUUCUCCGCAUCGGAUCUAAGAGGAUGGGCAAAAACUUUAACCCCUUCUCCUCAUCUAAGCCUCAGGGAGCACAGAAGGAGUCCCAACUACCCACAAGACUGCUCCAGCUGGCCAAACCCAAAGAGAACAAAGACAAGAAGAAGAAGAAGAAGAAGGGGAAAGGAGGGGAGCAGACACAGACAGAAAGCAAAGUGAUGUCGGAUCCUCAGAAUGAUGGCGAUAUAUUCUUCUGCUGAGGACCAGACGAUGCACAUGUGAACUUCUACCCUUCCAGAGAAACAAGAGAGCUGGCCAGUGCAUUAAACAGGACCAGAGUGACCCUUAACUCUCUAUUUGGAUCUAAAAUGUCCACGUGUCUUUGCUGACAUUCUGGCCCCUGGACACUGUCCCUGACUUCCUGUCAGACCAUCAUGGAUGAGAAGCCAGGUUCCCCAAGAUGACAGUCUGACUUACCUGCACAUGGCCCAAGUAAACAAAGGUAAUGACCUCCUCCCAGAGACACCAUGCGAAGUUCUGAUGAUUUAAUUGGGAUCAUCAAGAAUAUUCUUGGCACAUCGACAGAAUAGCUCCUCUCCAUCAAUUAGAGAUGUGAUGGAAAGCCAAGGAGGAUCAAACUGUAUCAGAGAACAGAUUUCUUGAUUUCCUCCAGCUGUCAGUCAGCACACAUCACAUAAUGCUUCAAGUCAAAUCUCCAUAAGGCUUUAAGGCUUUAAACUUUGCAAACCUUAGCUUUACCCAAUAAUAAGUGCCAAUUUCUAAUGCUUGUGGAGCUGUUGACUCAGUUACACAGUCCGGGCUGAACACUUGAGGAACUUUUAACCUAGUGUCUGAUUUGUGUGUCCCUACAUUGACAGCUUGUCAACUUAACUGAUAAAGUCAAGCUUAAAAAUGUAACAUAAGAUGGAGGAACAGAUAGCACCUGACAUGGUGUUUGUAGCACUAACCCAUGAACAAGUCUUCUGUUUCUCACUGUCCACACAUGUGCUAAGUUCAGUAUGUGAAACAAGGCGACAGACUGUCAGACAUAAUCCAUCAAUGCCACAUCAGAGAGAUGGAGGAAUCUACAGAGACAGGACACAGGACACAAGAUGUGAGUGGGAAUUUGGAUUAGCAAAGGCUCUCAUAUCGUCUCUUCCUACUGAAUUAAGUGCAUGCUGAAAUCAGAUGUUUUUAAUACAGCUGUUGUCAGAUCUUCAUCUCCAAUUUGUCUCAAAUAAUUCAUUAUUCUAUUUUAGUUGGUCAUGAAAUGUACCAGCCAGUACAAACAACAGCUCAGUAUGAGCUUUGUAGAAGAAUCAGAGGUCAUGGCAGUCAACACAACAGGAUCAGGAAUAGAGUGCUUUUAUCAUGCAUUUUACAUACAUAAGAGAGUGAAAUCUAAUCAAUUAAUCAAAAUUUUCUUCUAUUUUUUAUCUCGCACACACAAGUUAUUAUCUUGUACUUAAAAUGAAUAUCAUCCAUCAGGACUUUUUGGGGGCUCCAUGCGUAUGCUAUCUUCUUUCAAACAUUUCACAUACUUUCAAAUUUUUACAUGUCCAUUUAAUUGAAAUUGUGUAAUGACAAGUGGGCUUCUGGGGAAGGGAUCCUUAAAGAGACAGGAUCUGUCUGUCUAUUUGUUUCAGACACGAUGAACAGCAGAUCAUAGUGUGUUGGUAAGACACCCUCUUGUUUUCUGAUGUGCUUCUAUUUGUCAAAUUAGUUUUGCUUUUACUGAGCGGCACAUCCCUAAUUCUCUGCAGUUCCCUCUACUCUUUGUGGCUAGUCUUUAUUUUGAAACAAAGUAAACAAGUAAAUAAAUCAAAGUGAAUUCCUCUGUGACAGAAGAAUAUUGCUGUUAAAAAGAGAAACUAGAGUACUAAUGGAAUAAUGCUGCACAUUAUAUUGAUUACCAUGUGUGUAAUAUUUACUGGUCAUAUGAUUUUUCUUUAAAUAUUUUGUUUUAUUUUACACCUAGUAACUAUUUGAGAAUUUACAGUAUAUAUUAAAGUCAGGUUUAAUCUAGAGUCAUGCUUUUAUUUUGGUAGAGCAAAAAUAAAGUGUGCACUGAACUCAGGAUUUAUAAAGCAGUCAUUUUAGAUUUGUUCUAACUGUUUUGCAUUUCAUUGGAAAGACGGUUCAUAAGUGGAUCCUCUCUUCUGAAAUGAGAGAAGAUCAAAACUAUUUAAAAAGAGUUUCUCUUACACAAAAUCUACCUGAUGCACUGCAGAUAUCACUCUUAGAGAGGGAGCAAAAAGAGCAGCAUCUGUUAAUACUCCACCCUUCCUGAAAAUCCUUCCCCUUAACCCUUUGUCUUGUCUGUACUCGUCCCCUCUCCAGCCUCGCUUGGUGUUUUGAUAACAAAUCAAGUAGAUGCCCUGAGUCUCACAUUCAUCCAUCCUCCCAUCUAUCCACAAUAGCUUUACAUUUGUACCACACUGAUUUUGUCCCCCAAUUUAUUUGAAGCUCUCUAAGCCAUUCAUGAUGUCUGAAUAAUAUUUCAGCCCACAGUGUGGUUUCCCGCCAUGCUGCUGAGAGGAGCAGAUUUCUACUAAGCAGCACAUCCCUAAUUCACUGCAGUUCCCUCUCCUCUGUGUGGCUAGUUUUCUUUAGUCCCUCAGACUCAGAAGCAAAAACACAGUGAGGUCCCUUUGGAAACCUAUUCAUAUUUUCGGAUUCACAUCAAAACCAGUAUUUUGACAGUAUCAUACAGCCUUCAUAGAUCUUAAAUAACGGAAAUGUGUUAAAUUAAAUGCAUUAGUUGUGCAUAUAAUACUGAUCUGCUCUGUAAAUAAGAUGCCCUGUAGAUAUUUCAUAGUUUGUUAUGAAAUGUUGUGAACUUCCAAAUUAAAAGAGAAAUUUCUAAGCUGUUAGAUUUCAACCCCUAUUAUUUCAUUAGUUUUGUUGUUUAAUGUUUAAUCAGGAUGUGUCGUGUAUAUUUUAUGAGCAUGUUUCUAAUUAACUUUUUGACUUUAUUUUAAGAUAAAUGAAGAAUGUAUGUUUAAAUACUACAGAUACUUCUUGUACAUUAAACAACCCAAGCUGUUUGAAACUUUAUAAAGUUUAAUCUUAAAAAGAUACAAGGUGUUCUUUUAUAUAUUAAAACCCAUCAUUUAUCCUUUUUAACGCUUGUCUACAUCUCCAGAAAAGUUGGGAUAUUUUCCAAAACGCAAUAAAAACAAAAAUCUGGGAUUUGUUAAUUCACAUAAACCUUUAUUUAACUGGCAAAAGUAUUACCAUUGGUAGUUGUGUUACAUCAACUUUCCUUUUAAUAACACUUUCAGAUCGUUUGGGAAGUUAAGAUACUAAUUGUGCCAGUUUUGCAAUUGGAAUUUUUGUCCAUUCUUGCUUGAUACAAAACUUCAGCUGCUCAACAGUCUGUGGUCGCUGUUGUCUGAUUCUCCUCUUCAUGAUGCUCCAUACAUACAUUAGGAGACAAAUCUGGAAUGGAAGCAGGCCAGUCAAGCACACGCACCAAGCCACGCUUUUGUAGACCAUGACAAAUGAGGCCUUGGCAUUGUCCUACUGAAAUAAGCACGUAUGUACUGGGAAGAGACAGUAUGUCACAUAUGUUGAUGGCAAUGUAUGUGUCUCUAAAAUCCCAUUAUGCCUCUGCGUUGCUGAGAACUCGGAGGUCUCUCUUUCUCACAAAUUUUGGCACAAAGGGGUGAGCAACGACCCCUCCUUACUUGCAAAGACUGAGCCUUUGGUGGAUGCUAAAAUUAUAAUCAAUUAUGACACUUCACCUGUUACAAAUUAACCUGCUUAUUGUGGAGUCUUCUAAACAGGUGUUACUUGAAUAUUCUGUGCAGGUUUCAAUCUUAUUUUAACUCUGUCCCAACUUUGUUGAGUCUGUUGCACAAAACUCUGUUUAUAUUUACAAAAUACAAUUACACUGGUCAGUAAAACUAUUGAAAAUCUUUUCUUUAUACUUUUGUCAGUUAAAUAAAGGUUUAUGUGAAUGAAAAAAUCCCAAAUUUUUGUUUUUAUUGCGUUUCGGAAAAUAUACCAACUUUUCUGGAAAUGGGGUUUGUAUUAAUGCCAACAAUUAGUGUAAACACAACAGCAAUGGUAGCAGCUGUGAUGAGGGAGAUUAGCUUAAAUACCAAUUUACACUUAUCAUCCACCUCCUCUCUGAUCCAGACAACCCCCUAAAGUGAUGUCCUUCAGUGGUUUAUGUCCAAACCACACGGAGUUAAUUUCACUGUAGUUUUAAUCAGUGGAAAUGAGCGUGUGCAGGGUCUUUCAGCUCAGUCCAUAAUCUGCAGCUUCUGGAUCCCUGAAAACAAAAUUAGCUGAAUCACAGAAACAACAUUUGAUCAGAGAUUUUUGUGGUUUUAAGAGGAAGUGAAACUUGAAACAUUAACUUUUGCUGAGAGCUAAGCAAGCUGGGAGACUUGGCUCUCUUCUGCUCUACAUUGUUCCCACUCAGUGUGCACUAGAAGUUUACUAAAACCAUUCAUGAGGAACUUUACAAACUCACAUUGGACCUUUUUGCACUGUGAGCUUUUUUAAAAAUGAUUUGUCCUAAAAACAGAAGGUACAAAGUAUGUUAUGUAAAACCAAAACAAGGGCAAAGCAAAAAAAAUGUAAAUAUGUUUUAUGUACAAAUAUGAACCAAAGUAUUGAUGACUGUGUUUAGUUUGAUGGUUUUUUUUAAUAAAUAAUAAAGUUGUAUUUAACUGUCUUCUUCCUGUUUUGAAAAUGUACAUUUUCCCUAUUCAAUAAAUAACUAUGCUGUUUGUUAUGUCA